UCUGACUGUCACACACUCGGCAAGAGAGAACCGGGACGCAUCCAAACGUAACAGGACUAUGGACCUGAGCCUGAGAGAUGCUCUGGGUGGGGGUGGAGGUGGGGUCCCAGGUGGGGCCCCCGCUGAGGCCCUGCUGAAGAGAGACUUCGUGGCCUCGCUGGAGAAAGAGGGCUACGACGACAAGGUGGGAGAGACGGUGUCCAAGAGCGACUACCGACCCUUACUGGACGGAAAGGACACCAAGAGUGGUCCGGGAAUGAUGUCAUCAAUGAUGUCAUCAGGCGGACGCCAAGACCCUCCGGGACAGCCUUCCUUCGGCUCCGACUACCUGUCUGGUCCUAUGAUGGGUGGGAUGACAGAUCAGUGGAGCCUGAACAAGACAAAGGACAGCAGCAUGCCUGACUCAUUUCUAGGCUUCUCCCAGUCUGGCAUGGGAGGGACCAUGGGGUCCAGCCUGCCUCCAUUCCAGACCAGUAUGAGCUCCGCUCUGGGCCAGACUGGGAUGAGUCCAGCUAUGGACUCCCAGAAGAGUUCAGGCCUGUUUGGUGUGGAAAACAAAACCGCCACUAACACCAGUGGGAGCAGUCUGUUUAAAACCAGUGAUCCGUUUUCCUCCGGGGGCCCGGGAAUCCACUCGAUGGAUCACUCCGCAGCUCCCGUCCUCUCUCCCAGCGGCUCACUGGACGACAGCAGUCCCACGUCCUCCAACUCCGAACCCCUCAGCCCCGAGAGAGUGGGGCCGGGGGGCGAGGCCGGCAAGCAGCAGCAGCGACGGCGGAAGAAGAAGAGGAAGGGCCGCGACGAAGUCUACAACUUCCUGGAUAGCCAGGAGAAUAACAUCGGCCAAUCAGACAAGCAUGGGAUGCAGGAUCAGGGCAGAAGGGAGGCGGAGGAGGAUGAAGAUGAGGAGGAGAACUGGGAGUGGGAGAUCAGAGAGAGUGGAGGAGGGGGUAGAGUAAAAGGCAGGAAGACUAAGAGUCGAGCAAGACUUCCGGAAGAGUGGGGAGCGCCCCAGCAACCCGUCUCUCCCACACCAGCUACAGCCGCUACUGAUCCCAAAGCUUCAAACCCCGCUUUGCCCUCUGCCCCUGAAAAAAUACCCACAAGUUUCACCAACUGCUCCCAUGUUAGCCUCGCAACAGAUUCAUCUCCACGCUCCUAUGAACCCAUGUGCGUAGAUGAUUUCCCCGUGUCCGUUAAAGAUGGGCACAAGGCGACUGAAGAAAAAGUUCCAACCAGCAAACCUGAACCCAACAUUGGCUUAGCGUCUUGUGCUGCCAGCAAGACUAGUAUAUCUGGGGAUGUUGGCGGCAGUCUCGCUCUGAUGACAGGUGACAACCUGAGCCCAGUCUCCCAGACCUUCUCUUUCCUUGAUUCAGUCCUCCAGACCCCUCCAGGCUCCACUCCCGACUCGCAAACCACCACCCCAAUCACCAACACCCCUUCCCUCGCCACUGCUUCCCUGAUAAAGUCCACCCCGACUGAAACCCUUUCCUCACAAUCCUCAUCUGUUGUCAAGAGCACGCCAGACCUUCCUCCCACCUCCACUUUGUUCACCAACCCACCCUUAGCUGCUGCUGCAGGGACACUCCCCCCAACAGCUGCAGUCGGUUCAGGCCUCAACGUCGAUGCCAAGCCUUUCGUCCCCUCGGUUGCAUUCAUGUCCUCAACAGUUACUCCCAUUGCAGCUGCAGCCACUCCUGUUGUUAGCACAGCACCAUCCACAGCAGCCUCCACCAACUCAGCCACACCGUUUAGCUCCUCAGCUGCUCCCUGUAAGACCGAAGCCAGCCCCACAUCAUCAUCAGACACUCCCCCCAAAAGUGUAGCCUUGUCCUUUAGCUCACCCCCUCCCUCCAUCACCCAAGCAGCCCCUCCCUGUCUCCCUGCACACUCAGAGCACCAGGAGUCCUCGUCGCCACAGCUCCCCCCACUGGAAGUGAAAUCUGACAACAAAGACAAGCAAGAGAAGACAGACAUCAUGUCCGGCAAGACGGACAAGAUCGACACUUUUGACAAGAAAGAAGAGCAGCAGAAGAAGGACAACGGCCCAGACAAGAACCAGAAGUCGGAGAAGAUCAUCAAAAAUGAGGAAAAGAUGGAGAAAAUGAACGCGGAGAAAAACAACAAGACCACCGAGAAGGCGGAGAAGGUGGACAAGCCGGAGAAGACCAACAAAGACGAGAAGAAAGAAGAGGAGAAGAAACCGGCUGAGAAGAAGGAUGAUAAAGGAGGGAAAAGCACUGCAAAGUCUCCAACAGGCAACGGCAGCAAGACCCUGCCGAGCCCUGACAGCAAGAGCAAGCCUGAUGUGGGUUCAACCAAACCAAACUCAGCCAAAUCGCGCCCAUCCACCCUCUCCACCAAUGGCGAGGCCAACUCGGCCAAACGCCCCUCCCCCACCACAGCCUCAGCCAAUAAAAAAAGCCCUGUACCCAAGGCGACCACACCGACCGCUGCCAAGCGGCCGCCAACAGCGACUGGCUCCAACAAGGCUGGCAAGACUCCUGAAAAUGGUACUACUGAGAAACGUCCAUCCGUGCCAAAGGCCACACCAACCCCUCGUUCAACUGCCAAUAAGAAUGGCUCCCCUGCAACUGCUGCAAACAAAGCUGCAGCUAACAAGAAUGACAAGACUGAGAACAAGACAGGAGAGGCCAAGAAACCCAAGACUACAGCCCGUCCUCGCCCGGCCUCCACUGCCACCCCUGGUACCCCGGCUGCUUCCACCAACGGCGAGGCCAACACUCACCGCCGUCGGGUCAUCACCAAACCCCCGGUGCCCAAGCAGACCCCACUGGAGAAGAAGCCGGCGGUUCCCCGAGCCCCCAGAACCCCACGACCCAUCAACGCGCCCACACCGGACCUGAAGAACGUCCGCUCCAAGAUCGGAUCCAUCGACAACAUCAAGUACCAGCCCGGCGGAGGAAAGGUCUCCUCCACCCCGAACAACAAGACAUCAGACCCCUCUACCCCUGCCGCCAAGGCCAGAGUUCAGAUAGUGCACAAAAAGCUGGACUUCAGCCACGUCACCUCUCGCUGUGGCUCCAAGGACAAUAUCAAACAUGUCCCUGGAGGUGGCAAUGUGCAGAUCCUGAAUAAGAAGGUUGAUGUGAGCAAGGUGACGUCCAAAUGUGGCUCCAAGGACAACAUCAAAUACAAGCCAGGUGGCGGGGACGUGAAGAUUGAGUCGCAUAAGCUAAACAUUAAAGCUAAGUCUAAGAUUGGAUCCCUCGACAACGUGGGGCCAGGAAACGGACAGACCAACGGACACAAGGAGGAGAAAACAGAGGAGAAAACAUCUUCACCCCCGAGUGGCGCUCAGACAACAGGACCAGCAAGCGUUGCUAAGGCAACAGCACCAGGCGGUGUUGCUAAGGAGAACGGCGUGAAGGAGCCCACACCCACUCCUUUUGGGGGAGAUGGACUGAGGGAGCCCCUUAGCAUAGACAAGCGUGUCACUGAGACAAACUGAGUCCCAGUGAAAUGCAGAUUUUGGUGGGACUCGCAUGGCGCUCGCCGACCUGCCAAUCAACUGACCAACCAACCUACCACGGCGCAGUCACUUCCCUCUGGCCCCGCCCUUCAUCUCGCCCACCGCAGCACCGAACUGACCGAUCACCUCUCAGUGUUUCUCUGGGGUCUGCCUGCCAGCUUCCUGCUACAAACCCCCCUGACCUCUGACCUGUCGACGCCCUUUGGGUUGACCUUUGACCCUGCCUACCACAGAGAAGAGCACUUUCUGUUUGUCUGUGUUUCUCUGUGUGGGGUUUCCACCAGCUUCUCGACCGAUAAAAUUUCCUCGUAAGCACUGAUUUAGAUGACUUAAACCCCAAAUAUAACAA